AGGAAUGAGGGAGUGAAUGUUCCGGGUCAGAAACUGGACGGGAGAGGAAAUUAACUCCGGGACAAAACGAAAAAAAAAAAUCACAACAUACUUACAGAAUGCCACCCUCUGCUACGCAGAGAUGUAACCCGUUGUUUUUACUCCGAAACUAGUUUUAUUUUUGGCGGCGAAGGUCGAGAAGAAGAAAACACAGGUGCCAAACUACGAACUACAAAGUGAGCCAACGACGGAGAGUGGACUCUCCUGUUCGUCGCGACCUGCCGAACGCCAGCUCGGUGGCCACUCGUUCACACCCGGAGUUUCAGUGUUUACUUCGCGGCGAGUUUCGCCUUCGCUUGUGCUCUGGUUGGUGAAUCGAGUUUGAGGACUGUCCUGUCCCGCCGUAGCAAACUGUUGCAUCCCCCCCUUUUUUCCUCCCCGCAGUUUGUUUAUCGCACGGAUACGGGAUUUAUCUCCCUCUCCUUCCCCCCGCCGUGAUGUUUCACUGCAUCCCCCUGUGGCGGUGCAACCGUCACGUCGAAACGAUCGAUAAACGCCACUGCACUCUGAAUUAUGUUCCCGACGAGAUUUAUCGCUACGCCCGGAGUUUGGAGGAGCUGAUGCUGGAUGCCAACCAACUCCGAGACUUACCCAAGCCACUUUUCCAGCUGUUGAAACUUCGAAAACUUACUGUGAGUGACAACGAGAUCGCAAGACUUCCGCCAGAGAUCGGCAACCUUAUGGAACUAGUCGAACUGGAUCUUUCUCGAAAUGAUAUUGUAGAACUUCCAGAGAACAUUUCAAACUGCAAAUCCCUGCAAGUGGCAGAUUUCAGUGGAAAUCCAUUAUUAAGGUUACCUGAAAGCUUUGCACAGCUUCAACACCUAACGACCCUCUCUAUCAAUGAUAUCUCAUUGCAGGCUCUUCCAGAAAACAUUGGAAGCCUCUCUUAUUUGGUAUCGCUAGAACUUAGAGAAAAUGUUCUGACAUUCCUGCCAGAGUCAUUAUCACAACUUCACAAGCUUGAAGAACUUGACAUAGGCAAUAAUGAACUCUACAAUUUGCCUGAGUCAAUUGGCUGCCUUAUCAGCCUGAAGAACUUGUGGCUGGAUGGAAACCACUUGUCCGAUAUACCUGCUGAGCUGUGCAAUAUUAAAAGCCUCUUGUGUCUGGAUCUAUCUGAAAAUAAGCUGGAGUUUCUUCCAGAAGAGCUAGGAGGACUGGUGUCACUUACUGAUUUGCUGGUGUCACAAAACUCCCUUGAAUAUAUUCCAGAAAGCAUUGGAAAACUAAAGAAUCUUUCCAUUUUGAAAGCUGACCUAAACAAGUUAACACUUCUUCCAGAAACAAUUGGCAACUGUGAAAGUCUUACAGAGCUCGUACUCACAGAGAAUCAAAUACAGACUUUGCCUGCUAGUAUUGGGAAGUUAAAGCGACUGUCCAACCUGAACUGUGACCGAAACCAUCUAACACUAUUACCUAAGCAGAUUGGAGGCUGCAGCAGUCUUAACGUCUUCACUGUGCGCGACAACUACCUGAAAAAGAUCCCACCAGAGCUGUCGCAGGCCACCGAGCUGCAUGUACUCGACGUCUCUGGGAACCGCCUGCCGUACUUGCCGAUGUCACUGACCACGCUACAUCUGAAGGCCCUGUGGUUGUCAGAAAACCAGUCCAAGCCGCUCCUCACUUUUCAGACGGAUGAAGAUCCUGACUCAGGAGAGAAGGUGCUCACCUGCGUUGUGCUGCCUCAGCAGCCUAGUGACUCAGGUUAUGACAACCUGGCCCGCUUUGGAGCUCUGGAGAGCCUUGUGAAUGGGAUGGCUGAUGAGGCUUGGGACGGCAAAGCCAUGAACAGAAUCAGCUCCAUUCACUUCCUGGAUGAUGGUGAGGACGACGACGACGACCCGGGAACUCUGCUACGAAGGGCCACUCCUCACCCCGGCGAACUGAAAACCAUGAAGAAAGCAGCCGAGAACCUCCGCAACGACCUGAACGCUGCCAAAGGCCUGGACUCCAACAAAAACGAGGUCAAUAACGCUGCAGACGGAGUCACUACGUCCGUCUGACCUUUACCUCAGAAGUGUUUUUAUUUGUAUUUUUUUAUCCUUCUGUGUCUCGCCAUAUCGUCCUGCACAACCUUGCAGCCCUGUGUUUGUUAUUUUUAUGUUUUCCCUAGCUUUUCUUUUACCCACAAGUCCUAGUUUGACCUUCCCCUUCGUUUGGUCAUGCCAUGCAGGAGCCUAAGACCUCCAACUCCAGUCCUGUGGAAAAAUAAAACUGUACCUGGGCCGCCGUGCCUUCCUCUUUUUAGCAAAAAUCCACGACAGAGAGAUGCUUCUUUUUUGACAGUAUAUUUUUAAGAUAAAAUACUUUUUCAAAAGUGAUUUUUAAAGGAUUUUUAGGUAGUUGCACUAUAAACCUCUUAAAUGUGUGUUUUUUUUCCUUUUUAUAAACACUGGGUCUUUCUACAUUUUGGGGCAAACAAAAGCAGGAGUGUUUUUGGACAUUCUUAUCUAAAAAUUGUUGUAAAUGUCUUGUGAAUAUUGAUACUUUUAUACCUUUUGGCAGCUCAGAUGUAAAUAAAUGUAUAGCAAGUAUCUUCUUAAUCGGUUUAAGAUUCCCGCUCUCUUUAACUUGGUACAUCUUUAUAUGUUUUGCUUAAAUCAAGGUAAUGAACAAAACACUAAUGUCUUAUUUAAUCCACUGGGUGAUCUUAUUUUUGGAUGUUUAUUAGAUUCUUCAAAUUGAAAUUCAAGUACUGCACAUCAAGUUUAAAUUGCCAUUUGCAGUGUUGUUACGCUGUAAGGAUAAUGUUCUAUUUAAAUGUGCUGUACCUUACUGUUUUGCAUUGUUUUUUUAAUAGAUGCCAAAACAGAUGUAUUUGUACUUUUUAAAUUUUGCCUCCUUUUAAGGAGUACUGUGUAGAUGAUUUAUUAGACCUUUGGGAAGGUUAAGGGUUUUUUUUUAAGCUUAAUGAUCACUCUAAAAUGUUAUGGUUUCUCUCGGAUGCACUUCUUAUUGUUGCUUUCCUCCUUUUUUUUAAAUGGUACUUGAUAAACUGUUGUUUGGUUGUUAAAUCAAUGGCACAAAGUGAACCAGAGCAAAAAGUUUCAACAGUUUUCUUUUUCCUUUUUCUUUCUAAUUAUUCUCUGAUAAAGCUGCACAGAACAGAUCUCAGACUGGCUCUAAACCUUGAGAUUUGCUGACGUUUUUUUUUAAACCACUGAUCAAUAAAAAUGAGUGCAACACUAAA